CUGGUGGAGCUGAGCAAACAGGGGACAGAUGUUUUCUCUGUCAGGCUGGUGUUCUGGAGCAUUUGGUGGCGGUUCAAUCCCUCCACCAUCCACUCUGUAAUCCCUUCAUUAAGGUUUGGUUCAUGGUCCCAGAUUGAAAGUUCUGCUCUUCUUCUGUCCUUUUUCAUUCAGUACACAACAACAGAGGAGGCGGUUGCCACCAGGACGGCUCUUCAUGGAGUCAAAUGGCCUGCUAGUAACCCUAAGGUGCUCAGUGUGGACUUCUGUGAGCAAGAUGAGCUGGACUAUCAUAAAGGCAUCCGGAAGCCAGAGAAAGAACAGGAGCAGGCCAUCCCUGCUCCUGUUCCUGCUCCUCCUCAGCCAAGGCUGCCCCCUCUGAUGCCCGUACGGGACAGGGACAAGGAGCAGGACAGAGAGCGGGAGCGUGAUCGGGAACGGGACAGAGGAGUCCGGGAUCUGUGGGCAGAGCGACAGAGGGAGAUGGAGCGGCGAGAACGGGCUCGAGGGGAGCGAGAGUGGGACCGGGACAAGGUCCGGGAAUUCGCCAGACCCGGAGAGGAGGGGCGGCGAUCUCGGUCCAGAGAGAGGGAGAGGAGGAGGAGGGAGAGAGCAAAGAGUAAGGAGAAGAAGACUGAUAAGAAGGAGAAAGAUGAACCUCCUGCUAAACUACUAGACGACCUGUUCCUGAAGACCAAAGCAGCUCCCUGUAUAUACUGGCUCCCCCUCACCGAGGAGCAGGCGAACCAGAGGAUUCUAGAUCGCGUGGAACGGCAGAAGGAGCGCGAACGAAGGCGCAAGGAGCUAGACGAGGAGAACAGCAAGAAGCGGGACGAGGAGAAGAAAGAGAGGCUCAAGGGGAGGGAGAAGGAGGUUGGCGCUGUCGCAGCAAGCGGCGGACCUUCCGGGAGAGGAGCCGACGCCGAGCGCAGCCGAGACAGAGAAGGGGACAAGAGGAGGGACAGCAGCCACCGAUCCAGACGAGCCUCGCCGGUGUCAGGCAGCGGACGGCGCUCCCGUAGUCGCAGCAACCCCCGGGACAGGCGCCGCUGAGGGGGCCGGAAGCUGCAGGGAGCGGCGAAGAGAGGGAGGGUGCAGAGUAGCAGAGGACGCAACAGGCAGGAAGUCAUGAAAGGAAAAUGUCCUCACCGUCUGCUCCACCGUGCUUUCAACGGUUCAACCAUGGCGCCAGUGUUGUCUUCCACACUUCUCUCAUACCCCUCCUCCUUCCUUUUUAGCGUUCACAUACAGGAAAUAAUUUCAGAUAUAAGGAAGUGUCCGUUUGUCUUCAUCCUUCGUUUACUCUAUUCCAGUCUCGACCAAUUCUCUUCAUCAUGCUUCAGUUCUCCGCUGAGGAGAAGUAGCGGGGGGGCGUUUGGUUCUCCAUGCCUCCCUCUUCAUUUUAGGACGGGACUAAUUUAGUUUCGUGGCCGCACGCUUCCUUCCUCCCUCAGAGCCCUGUAAUAAAACCAGUCCGAAAUAGCUCCCCGACCGUGACCCAUGUUUUCUAGAAGCUGUUUUACUGUUCGGCAUCAAGAGUCAAAUAUAUCUAUCUAUGUAUAUACAACAAAAUUUACAAAUGACCCUUAGUGGAAUCGAAGGUUUAUUUUAUUUUUUUGAAUGCUGAUUAUUUUCUCAGCCGUGGAUGGUUAUGGUGUUGAAGCAAGUUGGUGAUAUUAAUCUCUCUUCAACGAUGCAACUGGUCUGAUCACUGUAACCCGUACAAGGAGCACAGGGAGAGGAGGCGCUAGGCCCGGUUUGAGAAGGCAGGACAGAAGCCCAGCUCAGCAGCCUGGUCCGUCACAUCUAGGUAAAGGUCAAAGGUUCAUCUUCUGAUACUUAAUAUUUGGAAUUUUAAUAUUUUUAAUUUUGUUUUUAGUUUGCUUUUUAUUUUUUUUUCCUCCAUCCAAGUGCUGAAUGUACCAAGAAUUUGUGAAAUGAAUAAAUUGGGUUUACCACACCAUUUGGA